AUUUUUUUCCUGCUUCGCCACAGAGGAGAAUCCGCGACAGAACCGGCAGCAGCGCUCCUACACCAUCGCGACGCCUUCCGAGCGUGGCAUCGUCACAGAGCCUUCUUCGUACUGUGGCAGCGAUGACGACACGGAUGCUGAUGGGCCCAGCGCCGCCAGCCGCCUGGCGUUCACGGUGGGCGCUGUGGCUGUCCACUCGAUCCUCGAAGGCCUUGCGAUCGGGAUCCAGGAGAAUGCUAUCAAGCUGGUAUGGCUGGUCGUUGGCGUGUACAUGCGCGGGACACUGAUGACAGUGGCCGUGGCACUAAACGCAGCUGCCAUGGAACACAGCUCCGUCGUUGCUGCCAGUGCAGGGCUCGUGGUUGCCAGCACAGUGCCCGCUGGACAGGUGCAUGCUUGGCACCAUGGGGGUGACCAGUUUCACUCAUUGUGCGCAGAGUUUGGCUCGCUAUGCAAAGUUCAGCAACUAACAUAUCAUGUGUCCUCUGCAAACGUUUCUAUUAAGCCAGGCCUCCACAGAGCCAGAAACCGACAAACUUUAGGUGUCUGCCACGCAGCAGUGGCCGUCCGUCACCCAGCGUCCAAAAACAAGUCUGUUUCUCCGUCGACCUGCUCUCACCAGAUACAGUAGAACCUCGAUACGAUCCCAUUAUGUAAGAUUUCCCGGCGCC